CUUAGAUCAUCUCGAUCGAUCCGUUCACCAGUGAUUGGCAAAGGUAAUGGCCAGGUGCAAUGGCGUGGCGGUGGCGGCUCGGCUAGGCUGGUGCUGCCUCCUAGUGGUGGCGCUUGCGCUAGGCGCCAUGGGUCAGCCACCGCCUUCUCCCCGGAAUGAGGACAACACUCCUCCUCCUCCCAAUCCCGGGAAUGGGGACGAUCCCUGGGGCGGCGGGGGCGGAUACGACCCUCCUCCUCCUCCCCCUGACAAUUACUGGACCUAUGAAGACGGUCAUCCUCGAACCGAGGUAAAAUCCUACGCAAACGGCCAGCCCUACCGCGCUGACUACAGCAAGCCAAACAAAAUCUAUACAUGUGACGAUGACUGGGGUAAAAAGUGCAUCGCGCAGUGCCCGGAUCUCUGCCCCAAGUCCUGCUACAUGUCUUGCAGCGAUUGCGAGACGACAUGCAGGUGUGUAGUAUUCCCGGGAACAUCGUGUGGUGACCCUAGCUUCACAGGCGGCGACGGCAUCACCUUCUACUUCCACGGUAGGAGGGACCAGGACUUCUGCCUCGUCUCUGACACCAAUCUCCACAUCAACGCCCACUUCAUCGGCAACCACAACCCCUCCAACGACCGUACCUUCACGUGGAUACAAGCACUCGGCAUCACCUUCGGCGACCACCGCCUCUACGUCGGCGCUCGCAAGGCCGUCGAGUGGGACGAGGAUGAUGACCACAUCGAGAUCACCCUCGACGGCGAGCCUGUAAAAGUAGACACCGUCAACAACGCUCGGUGGGUGUCCAAGGUCCUCCCCGAUCUAUCCGUGAAGCGCAUAGACAAUGUUAACUCUGUCAAGGUGGACCUUGCCGGUGUGUUUAGCAUCUCGGCCAGCGCGGUGCCUAUCAGCGACGAGGACUCGAAGAUCCACAACUAUGGCAAGACCAUGAAGGACAGCCUCGUGCACCUUGACCUCCGUUUUAAGUUCCAUUCUCUCACGAACAACGUCGAUGGUGUCCUUGCCCAGACCUACCGGAUGGACUACAUCAACAAGAUGAACGUCACCGCCAAGAUGCCAAUCAUGGGUGGGGCGCCAAAGUACCUCUCAUCUGGCGGGCUCUUCUCCACUGAUUGCGCCGUCUCCAAGUUCCACCGCAAUGUUGGCGGUAGCCAUUUCCUUGCCUCGGCAGCGUAAACUGAGCCUCCAAUCAGAUGUUCAAUCACAUAUCUAUGGACUAUGGUAUCAGUGAAUAACUCAACUAAGGAUGCAAACAUGCAUGCAUGUUAGUUGGCCGCGUAUAAUUAACUAUAUUGCACAAGAAGAAAUAAGGUGUGUAUUUUUUUCGAUAAAGGAUGUUUUAUUACUUUGGCAAGCAAUUACAUCCAACCUCUGCAUAACCAGGAUGCACACAGCUGUUUCAAAUGUCCAGAACGAGCAAUAAAAGUAAAAAGGCGAAAUACAUAUCGAGACGAUAAACUAUAUAACGCCUAAGACGAGUGUGGAGCUUCAAUCCUUAGACUAUGCUGCCACCCAUGUCGGAAAAAAGUAUCCCUCGCCGUAGCCUCCAACCGUGUACAGACCUCCGUAAAUAGGUUUCGGUUCUCCGCCCGCUGAAGAGGUAACCACGAACGGAGAAUACCUGUACAUCUGUAGAUGACCUGCAACAAAGAACAGUUUUUAUCGUUAAAAAUCUUGUCAUUUCUACAUAGCCAUAGCGCCCAGAUAACUGCAAGCGCCCCCACCCUAAGAAGCAACUUAAACCUUGAAUCAACACCAUGAAGCCAAUUGCCAAAGACAUUUGCCACACUAGUCGGGGGAUACAGGGUAGACGCUACUUGGAUGACUGACCAUAUAGAUUUCGCAAAACUGCACUGGAAGAAUAGGUGUUUGAUGGUUUCGUCAUGAUGACAGAAAACACACCGU